CAUUAUUACUUAUAAGUAAAUUUCACCUUCUACUAUAAAUUACAAUUUCAUUUCAAAUAGACUUUUAAAAAUAAAAUUAUAAUUACAAAUUUAACUAUUGCAGUUAUUGAAUGGAUAACUAUUAGGCGGUAUACUGUACGACAUUGCACUGAAUAUUUACACUUCCUUCAUUAACUAGACAUUUCUUUACAAAACAUUAAUUCCAUACAUCUCCUUAUGCUUGUUAAUUUAUAUUGAAUGUUUGUAACGAUUACUUUAAACAAACUAUAUUAUAUACCAAUGUGUACAAGCACUUAUUAGAACCAACACUACAUACAUCUUCGAUAAAAUCACUAGGAUAAGGGCGAAGAAUGUAAUUAUACCCAUAAAAAUUAAUCCCAGAUUCGACCACUGCGCCACUGGUUCUCUUAGUUUUGGAAAAUCGGUCGAUAAGUUGUCCAGUAAUUACCGACGUUUUAGAACAGAUGGAGCAGAGGAAGAGUAAAUUGUUUGUGUAUUAUUUUCAGAAAUAUGAGUUUGAAACCAUUUAGAAAUAGUGGAGGUGUAAAUAAACCAUUUCGUUCUCCAUUCAGUAACACUCCUCAAAGUAACAGUAUUAAAGAUAAUAAUAACACACCAGACUCAAACACUUGUAGAACACCAGUAAAAUCUUCUGCAUCGAAAAAACUGCUUUUUACAAACACACCUUCACCUAAAAAAUUAUGUGUAACUAAAGAAAAUCAUAUAGAUAUUGAAGAAAACAAAGUAUUAUAUCGUGAGGAUUUGGAAUCAUUGAGAAAAAAAGUGCAGGAGAAACAAGAAUCUAUCAAUAAUUUGAAAAGAACAUUGUCAUACAAAAAAAAGAACAAAACUGAAGAUUUAGAAGUUGCUAUUCAAAAAUGGACAAACUGUUGCCAAAUUGCUUUAAAAGACUAUCAGAAUGAUUUACAAGAAAAAAGUGGACAGUCAGUGACCAUCUCUGAAAUCUUGUCUUCAUUAAAUAUAAAUCCUGAUAAAGUUCAUUUUUCCAUUGAUGAUGAUACAUUUUAUUAAAAACUUUUAACCAUGAAACUGAUUAAAAGUACUAUUUAUUUAUUAUUAUACAUUUUUAAUUAUAUGCAAAAUGCCAGUAAGUUGU